AUGACCCCACGAUUAUUUAAGGGUACACAGCUCGCCGUGAUGGCCUUAAUGCUUGUUCUGUUCCUCGUACAACUUCUUUUAUCCUCGGUGGUGGUGGAGGCAGCCUCCUCUCAGAGAGGGUGUGUCUUGAAUCGAGAAGGGGAUUGUAGUGUCGUGUCGGAUCGAUCCUCUCUAGUGUUGUCAUUUGAUCCCAAGAAUAUGCCUCAGGUUUCUUCGAAGGAGGUAUUGGAUGUUAAGGGAUGUGGAGCCAUUCAGGGCUACUAUGCUAAUCCUCUCUGUAAAGAGAAAUGGUACCGAAAGAUGAAGUAUCGAAAGGUUGUAUUUCCAACCCAAGAGGUUGCUGCUUCUGCUGAACCCAUUCCAGUACCAACUACCAAGUCAAGCACAGGAUCGGACGCCUCAAGCACUUCAUCAACACCAUCCACAACUGCUACUACAAGUACGACUACUUCUACAAGUACCACUUCUAAGGACACCGCAACGGCAUCAUCAACCACUACUGCAACAGCUACCCCAUCCUCAGGUGCAGAUGCAUCAGGACCAAGCCUUGUUGAUGCUACUAUCAUCUCGACCAACUCGUUGAACAAAAAGUAUUCUUCAGAGAAAGAAAAGACUGUAGGUACAGCUCCUCUCGUGACUUCUUUGAACUCAAUUAAGAAGGGUAACAACACGAUGAAACCUCUUUCAAAGAUUGAAAAGUCCGGUUCCAGAACUCAACAACCAUCAGCAAGCAGAGUUCCAAGCGUUACCUCUUUGACCUCUGCUUCAGUGAAUCUUAAAUCAAAGACAGCAACAAAGAAUAGAGUAACAACCUCAUCUUCUGUUUCCUCUUCCAGAAAGGCUGUAGGUGUUAAUGGAAAACGUGCCUCAUCAAGUGCUGCAACAACCAAAUCAGUUGUGGGAACUAGAGCCUCCAAGACAUUGACAGAAAAGAGCACCUCACAAGUGAACAAGAAGAAUGUUGUUGUUUCACGAGCUUCACGAAAAUCAUCAAAGAGCUCAACUGGAAUUUCUGCUACCUCCGCCUCAACUGUCAGCACACAAUCAGCUCUAUCAUCAGUCAACGGCGUGUCUUCAAAGAAAGCUGUUGCAUCUUCCAGUACCGUUUCUUCGUCUAAAAAAUCCUCUCUUGUAGGUAAGUACAGGGCGAGAGUCAACCAAGGUGCUGAUAAAAGUGUUACUAAACCAGUAGUGAAGAAGACAGUGACAACAACACCUUUGAAGAAGAGUACUGCCUCAGAUAUGAAGAAGUCCGUGACUAGAACUGGCACGCAAUCAAGAAAAUCAGCUUCAUCAUCAAGUGCAACAUCUUCAUCAGCAGUGACAACCCAAUCAUCAGUGUCGUCUAAAUCGUCAAAGGCUACAGCAACAAAGAAUAGUGGCGCCUCCUCAGCUGUGUCUCUUGAUCAAAAAGUAAUCAAACGUCCUGUUACCUCAAAAUCAUAUGUGGUUGCUUCCAAGAAUGCAUCAUCCUCAAAUAGAGCAAGAUCUUCCACAAAGAAGAACUCAACAAGUUUAGCUACAAGUUCUUCGGACAACACAACCAGCCAAAAGGUCCAAACUAAGAAAUCCUCUGAAAGAGAAUUGUCAAAGGCAUCCACAAGAACCUCAGGUACAGCAGCCUCAUCAAUGCAAACCCAAUCAUCUUUGGCCUCAAAGACUUCAAUCAAGGGUGUAGUUUCCACAAAGAAGACGUCAGCUGCUGAAGCAAGAACUGUCAAGUCCAGCACACCAUCACAAAGUAGCACCGGUGUAACAACAAAGCGCCCACCAAGAGCACAGACCAACAGCUCCGCAGCCGUAUCCUCUAGAAGCGCUCCAAAGGAUUUGUCAAGAAGUAAAGCAACUAAAACCGUCAGUCAGAUCACUAAGGCCACCACAAAAACCUCAUCAAGCACUCCAUCUAAAGCGUCUGCCACCAAAGGAUCAAAACACCAACAAGCACCAAAAGCUGCAACAACUUCCUCAUCCACUAACACUUCGUCGAACACAAGCCAAGUUUCAUCCUCUCAAACAUCAAUCUCUGCUACUCCAUCUCAAACACCAACCUCAGACGUCUCAACGCAAUCCUUGAAGACAAACUUUUUGUCAAGCAAUACUUUCAAGCCACUUUCUGUGGAGGCAAUCAGUAAUGUUCCAGCAACAGCUUCAUCGGAUCCAAGCUCACAGACAAGCAGUAGCUCUACCAGUGCUACCUCAACAAGUGCAUCCACUCCAAGCGCUACUGAAGCAACUGCAACCACUACACCAGUAGAGAAUAAGGAUCUCACAAAACCAACGACAACUACAACAACAAGCGCUUCUGAAUCUGUCGAUACUGGAUCCACACCAUCUCCAAACGAAGCAACCAAGUCCCAAACAACUGAAAAGCCACGUUCAGUACAAACUGUCCCUGUCGUUGGUAGAUUUUCUGGCAAAUCCUCUCGAUCUCAGAGAAGAUCAAGCACCUCCGUAGGAACUCUCGAUUUGAAGGAUCUCCUGUCUCAAAUUAAACGAGUGGACAAGAAGCCACGUCGUGGUCACGCCAAGAAGCGUUCAGCAAAGAAGUGCUCCAAGCCAACUUCAAAUCCAUCUCAAGUUUCCUCCACUCCAAUGAUUAACAACAUUCAAAAUAUUCAACCUUCUCCAAUGUACAUGUAUCCACUUCCUCAAUAUCCAGAUCUUUCUCGUUACAAUGAUUAUGAGAGAUCUUCUAUUCGAUCGUUUUUGAGAGAGAGGUUCUUGGAAUACUUGCAGAACAAAAAUGCCAAGACAGAGAACCAGGAAGGUGUUGUUGAGCAAAUCAAGAAACUCAUUGCACAACUUCCACAACAGCAAUCACAAGGUGCCCUCCCACUCCAAUCAUUGAACAAUGUUCAAGGUCAAAACAAGGUAUUGUCUCAAGCAGUCCAACGCAUGGGUGUAGCUACUCGAAAGCUCAAGAAGGCUCAAGCAAAAGAAGAUCGAGUCCUUAAGGCUGUAGAAAAGGCCAAGAAGGCUCUCAAUCAUGCCAAGAAAAACUCUGAGGAAAAGCAACGAUUCCUCGAGAAGACCACCACUAAACAAUCUGACCUUGUUGACAAGAUGAAGGUUGAAAAGGAUAUUAUUGUGAAACUUAAUGAUUAUCUCAAGAAACAACAACAACAACAAUAA